AAUCUCAUUAGCUCUGUAGCUCUUUUUAUGAAGACUGUAUACCAAUAAAAAAAGCCUAACAUGUUAGAUCAAAAGUUGUUUAUUCUAUUUUUGAUGGUGUUUGUAAUUUCAGUGAAUUACACCGAUGGAGCAAAAAAAGCUCUAGUACCAAAUACUUCAAAGACCAGUAUUGGCAUCACAAAAAUACCGAAAUUAAAGAAACUGCCGAAUCAACAUCCUGACACCAUUUCUAUCGAAAGUGGGACACAAUCAACGUCAUCGAUAGAAAUCAGCAGAUCUAAUGAUCAAACUCCUAUUAUUGCAACGAAAUUGCCAAAAGCAAAGCAACCAACUUAUAGAGCGGCUGUAGUUGAAUUAAAUCCCGUUGCUAAAGGUGACACGGUCGACGGUGUAUUUGAAGUUACAAUGCAAAUCGUUAAAAUUAUGGAAUCGAAAGAUUUAAAAGGAGUGGAUAUUGUAGUGCUACCCGAAGGAAUAUUCAAUAAGCAAAACACUGCAGUUGUAUUACCAUCAGACACUAAUUCGUAUUAUGAAAAUCCACGCACUGAUCCAGUGUUACAAACCCUUUCAAUGGUAGCACGAAAUUCCAAAAAAUAUAUUGUAAUCAAUCUAUAUGUCAAAGAGAUGGUUAAUUCUUCGACUCAUCUUUACAAUAUGGUGAUCGUGUUCGAUCGAAAAGGCAAUGCCAUUGCCAAGUAUCGAAAAUAUCACUUAUUUGGUGAAUAUGGCGUUGAGCGCCCAAAAGUGCCGGAUCUGACUACAUUUACAACGGAUUUUGGUGUGACAUUCGGCAUUGCCAUUUGCUUUGACUUGAUGUUUGCGGAUCCAAUGGAAACUCUAAUCCGACACGGAGUUAAAAAUUUUGUUUAUCCCACGUAUUGGUUUUCCGGUUUACCAUAUUUAUCUUCUGCUCAAUAUCAGCAAAGUUGGGCCUAUGCGAACAAUGUUAACUUAUUGGCAGCAAAUACGAAUGCGCCCAAUAUCGGAUGUUCAGGCAGCGGAAUUUAUAGUGGACGAUCUGGGGCGUUGGAGGUUUUUGUUAGCUUAACACCAGCAACAAAAGUACUAAUUGCAGAUGUUCCAUCGGAUGUGUCAACGGGUAUAAAUCUCUUAGGAAAAAAAGGGAAAUCUGUAAAACAACGAACUCAUCCAAUGAAUACACAGGACGUCGCAAAUAUUGGUCAAGAAGAUUUUUCAAAAUAUUCGAUGAAAUUUUUGGACUUUUCCGAAAAUUCCAUCCAAACUGGAAAGGUUUGUGUAGAUGACUUUUGUUGUCAUUACUCAAUUGAAGUCAAUGAUCUUGGUGAACUGAAGGGAAAGUCAAGUUAUUCAUAUGCGAUUUCCGUUUUCCACGAUCUUCGUCGUUUCAAAGGCAGAAAGAAUCCAAAGACUGGUCUAGAUGUAUGUAGUUUGAUUGCUUGCACUGAUAUGAAUUCAAAAGAUUCAUGUGGUAAGGUGAUAGGUGAUCUUCACAAUCGAUACAAUUUCAAAAAAUUACAUUUGGACACCACGCUUCCGAAAACACACAUGAAAAUUAUGCCCAGCACACUCACAACCGAAUUGCAACCAUUUCAAACCAACGAGUUUCAGUUCAAAGUUUCUAAGAUGAGUGGAGGCAAGAACUACGAAGCUUCUUUGAGCUUGUAUUCACCAAAAAAUGAUCUCUUCACUUUUGCAAUUUAUUCAAGAGAUUAUGACAGAGAUACUAUGUAAAUAAUCCAAACUGUCGCUUUUCACCGCCAACGAAAUUUUACCAUUUUUUUAUUUGAGAAUUUUUCUGAAAUAGUCAACGAAUUUAUAAAUCAUUUUUAAUGUUCUCCGAAAUUUAAUCGAACAUAACGAAAUGAUAAAUCUUAUGUUUUUAUUUAUUAAGAAUUUAAUUCUUUAUUGAACAAUUAAAUUACACUAGCGUGUAAAAGUUUGAGGAAACCAUAUGAUUUUCAUACAAAUUGCCAUUUUACGAAGGUUGAAAAAACAUUUUUCAAUUUCAAGAAACCAAUAAUUUUUAGCUUGUUGACAUUAUUUUAUAAAAUGGAUCGAUUUUAAAUUUUGUGUUGACGUCGCAAUUUGUAUCUCCUUCGUGCUAUUGACGCAAACGUUUGCUGUAAAACAAAAUGUUGUCAAUAUGCAAAUAUUUUUGUAAUAAGGAUUUACAGUUGAAUGUUCAAAGAGAAAUCUAAGUGACAACCAUCUUUGAAUAACCGGCUCAAAAUGUAUCAAAUUCUGAAAUUACAAUAAAUUAUUAAAAUAAAAGAGUAUUUACGAA